GAGGCUGUUCCUGAGGAGCCUCCGCUGUUGGCCAUGAAGGGGAGCCGCGCCCUCCUGCUCGCAGCCCUCAUCUGGCUCUGCACCUGCGGGCUGGCCACAGGGGAGGACACCAAUGAGAUAUUCAUGGACUUCCUGCAAACGCUGCUGGUGGGGUCCCCAGAGGAGCUCUAUGAAGGGCCCCUGGGCCAGUACGACGUCAAUGCAGAUGCCAAGGCAGCAAUGGCUGAACUCAAGUCCUGCAUAGAUGGCCUGCAGCCCAUGCACAAGGCGGAGCUCAUCAAGCUGCUGGUGCAAGUGCUGGGCAGUCAGGAUGGCUCCUAGUGGACGCAGACAUGGCUCCAAGCAGCCGUAGGACCAGCUACACAAGCAACCACGGCAGCUCCACCCUACCACUUCCCCAAGCCUGACUUUAUCCUCAAACCAUCCAAUCAAUAAAGUCUCCUGUAGCUCAGGCUCUGGCU